AUGGAGUGGAAAAGGAUAGUUUCUAAUCAAAUUAUGGUUUGUUAUGAUUUAUGUUUAUUCAUCAAAAUUUCACUCUCAUAUUCAUGGAUGGCUCUUUUUGCAAUCUUGUUGCUUUUUUCCGGUCGAUUCGGUUUUUCAUCUUUUCUCUUCACAUCUUUGUUAGUGAUUUUUUCAACUUUUCUCUAUGUUGUUUCAAAGAACAAAUCAAUAAACAUUGAAGAGAAAUUAGUAGUAGAAGAAGAAGAAGAGAGUUUUUCAGAUCAAUGCGAAGAACAAGAACAAGAACAGGAGCAAGAAGAAAGCCGGGAAGAUAAUUUGUCGAAUUGCGAAGGAUCUGAAGAGGAUUGGAGAUUGAGAUUGAAAUAUGAGAAUGAUGAUUACUACUCAAAAGAUGGAUCAAUCUCUGAUGAAGAAAGUUUGAUUGAAAUUGCACUUCCAAGUGGAAAUUAUGUUGAUGUGAAGAAAGAAAGAUGGAUAGAAUUGUUAACAGAAUUCAAUGAAGUGAUGAUUGAGGAAGAAAAUUUAAUAGAGAUUGAUAUAUCAAUGGGAUCUAUCAAGUACUCAAGGUUUGAAAUUAAAGCAUGA